AUGCUAACGUUGAAUCGUCGUGACAAAGAAAUUUGUCAAGAACUUAUCAGGAAGAACUUUACACUCUCCCAGAUUCAGAGUUAUAAUGAACCGGAGUACUCUGGGUGGGUAUCUCGAAGGCGUCGCGUUUCCAACAUUUUUGUGUGGGAACUUAAUUGGUUAGCGACAAGCGGCAAUUAUCUUUUAUGUUUUUCCCAAAAGAAGGACUCAUGUCAUCCCAUCAAAAUCAUGUAUCUCCCGGAGGCGAUCAUUCGGCGUUGUUCCAUGAAGGAGGAAUGCUGCGUCGGGCACCCUUUUGUAUUGGAAAUUGUCCCGUGUUUACAUUUUGUUCGUGAGGAAAAGGGGUUAUUUCCUGUGAAGCCACACGAAGUGCACUUCUCCUUUGAGAACGUGGAGGACUUGUGCGGCACGAUUGCCUUCCUUGCAAAAAUCAGCGCAAGACAUGUGCGGACGGCCUCCAUCACAUUUGGGCCACCGACUCGAGUUAACCACCGCAUUCAUUUAAGAGCCGCACGCGGUAAGAAUGACUUUGGCCUCGAACUUCUCCCGUUGCCAAUGCGGGAAUGGCUGCUGCGUCAGGGCAUAACGUGCGCUGAGAUGGCGGGAAAUGAGACAACGGCACUAAACUGUGCUACGACUCUUUAUGAAGUUCAGAUGCAACGCGGCAUGCUGGAAGAUCUUCCACCCAUUUCAGAGGAGGGAGUAACUGAGAAACGGUAUGAAGAUAAAGCAGGUGUGCCCCCCUUUCCCUUGCCGUCGGAGAAUGAGGGCGGGGCGCUGGAGCCAUUGCUCUCUGCGGGGGAUCCAGAGUCUCUCUUUAGCGACUGGGAAAGGCUAGACGGUGGAUCACAGGGUGAGGUAUUCAAAGCCGUGAGAGUCGUGGAUGGUAGGAAAGUUGCAAUCAAGCGUAUUACGGUGAGGGGCGAUCACAAAGUGCCUCAAUCCCUUGUGAAGGAAAUGUCACUGCUUAAGGCACUUCAUCAUCCCAAUAUUGUGACGCUUUAUGAUUGUUAUCGAAAGGGAAAACAUUUAUUUCUUGCUAUGGAGUUAAUGGAUGGAGGCAAAUUGACAGAUUUACUGAUCCCAUCGGAGGGAGAACCAGUAGAAUUUACGGAGGCACAGCUGGCAACACUGAUACGAGAGGUACUUCGAGCUCUUCGGUGUCUCCAUAACGCUCGAUGCGUCCACCGCGACGUAAAGUCUGAUAACGUUCUCUUAUCUUCAAAUGGCGAAGUAAAAUUGGGGGACUUUGGCUUUGCCACACUUCUUACUUCUCCGGGAGGGAUGCGCAGAACACUCGUUGGGACACCGUACUGGAUGGCUCCUGAAGUCGCAGGUGGAAAGGCGUACAAUGACAAGGCCGAUGUGUGGAGUGCUGGAAUUCUUUUUUUGGAAAUGUGUGAUGGACAACCACCGUUGAUGGGCAUGAAUCCCAUGCGAGCGCUUCUUACAGUGAGCACGGGACCACCGCCAGUUAUGAGAACGGCGAACCGUUGGUCUUCACUAUGCAGAGAAUUUGCGUCAUUCCUUUUAGUAAAGGAUCCUGCGCGGCGUCCCAGUGUUGAUGACGCCCUAAGACACCCCUUUAUUGUAAAAAAGGCGGAACCAACGUGUCGGUUUGUGGCAACCAUCCUGCAACGGAGGAAAUAG